AUGUCCGGGCCCAUUGAUCUCGAGGCCCGCCAUGGAUCGAAAGGUUCUAGUGCCUUCCGCCUGACAAACUCAUUCCGAAGCGCAAGCAAUACUUCAACAGCCCCAGACAGCCAGAAGAAUGACGCAAAACGGAUUGGAGGCCGUGAUGCAGCCGAACCACCGAGAAGAGCAAGCCUAGCUGAUUUGCCGCUACGACUGAUAAGAUCGAAAUCAAAGACCACGGAGGACGUUCAAGAAGACGAAGAGCGGCCGGCAUCUCAUAACAAGCUUGGAGAUCUGUUUUUCACCAUGCCAAACGAGAUCCAGGUACAAAUACUCUGUUCUCUGGAAACGUCUGACAUACUAUCACUGCGCCUCGCAUCCAAACCAUUAUGUGAGCUUCUCCAGCUUAACGCCUCGAUUGUAUCGCGUGUCGUGCUCCAGAAGCGCUCCUUGGGAAGCGACGCGAUGCUCCUUGAGAAGCUCUACCCACCACCACUACCUGUCCAGAACCUGGAUUUCUUCCUCCAAAUGAUGCACAGGAAGAAGAUCGUUUCAAGGAUGAUCUGCACCAUUGCAGACUACGUCCAAUUGAAGAUUUAUCAGGUUAGAUCUACCAGUCGCCGCAAGCAAUUUGCACCUAGUCGGGCUCGUAUGGAGAGCAGACUAGAAGCAUCCACGUUUAUAAUCCACCACUUCCUUGAAACCUUUCGAACUGCUCUAUUACGUCAGCCAGGAAUGGCCAACAAUGAUAGCAGUAGCACGUCGGCGGAGCCAAUGUCUUCCGAGACUGAAAUUCAGACUAGCAUCAUCAACGACUAUCCACAAGACAUGCUACUUCCAGCCUUCCAAUUCUACCGUAUCAUGGUUUCGGCUUAUCGACAGAAACUUCGUCCACCAACAUACGCUGGGACUAUUGAGCGCAAAAUACGAGGCUGGGACCGUACUCCGGCCUCGGAUGCAGAUGUCGCACAAGUCCUGAUAUAUGGUGGCAUGGAAGAAGUCCUUAGAGUUAUGUCGCAUCCGACUUAUGCCACUCGCUUACAAGCAUUGAACCUUGCCAUCGAUCGGAUCAACGGCCGUCCGUUGCCAGUAGGAUCGCGAUGGAUGAAAGUAAAGUCCCGGUCUAAAGUCAUUCGAGAUCUUGACAUUCCACAAGUUCCAAACAUACAGUAUAUGUCACAAGGCAGCCCCGUCAAACUAACAGCCCUGUAUCUUCCGUGGCUGUCGGCAAUCGUGGCAAAGCAGAGGAAGAUGGACGGCGCUGAAGGUAGAACGCCAGAUUCGCAAAGUUCUGGUGCACCGGCAUCUAGUCCACAGAUUCCUAGCCCAUUCGCCUAUAUCGAAGACCUGCUCAAAGAUCACCAAGCGUGUUUGGCCUCAGGCGAAACUGAUAUGACCGUGGAGGAUUUUGCGGCUCGGGCAAGUGCUCCAGAUGGAGAAGGAGAGGAUGUAGAUGAUACUGUUGUUGGUGGUCCGGAUAAUGCCACGCAUGGUUUUAUACCUCAGAACCAUCCGUCCAGCUUCCCUACGCAGUAUGGGUGA